AGCAAAGUAAGGGGAAGAUGGUUAAUCUUACACACAAACAACAGUUCAUAGCGUACUUCUUGGCGAGCAACGUGCUGGUGAUAUUCGCCGUGUGGCCAGUAUUGGAAUCAUCACCAAAUAUCUUUUCAGCAGCGGUUCAGCUGUCAGAAGGUAUACCACUGGUGCUGCUGGCCAAUUGGGCGGUGGCAAUGGCCAUAGUGAUCGGUAAGCUGUUACAGCAGCUGAUGUUUGGGGAGCUUCGUCUGCUGGAGAUUGAGCAUAUCUACGAAAGGUCGAAGUUUGAGGUGAUAAACUCGCUGAUUGCACUCACCAUGUUCAACACGUAUUGGCUGUUGAUCCCAGGAAUACUGACGUUGGUGUUGCUCUUUGUGAAAGUGUUCCACUGGCUGCUGAACGAUCGAUUUGAGAUGAUAUUCCAAAGAGCAACGACUCCUCGGGACAUCUUGAUGACUAGAAACACCAUAUCGCUGCUGAUCUUACUCUAUGCAGACUUUACAAUGGUUUACUCUUGUGCGGAGUAUACAUUUGGUAACACUCCAGACGUGUAUUUUGCAUUUGGAUUUGAAUUUACCCUCUUGUUUAUUAAGCUGUUAUCGUUAACGAUGAACAUUUGUCUCAACACUUGGGAAGUUCACUAUCUCAACACCCAUCCGGACGAGGAAGUUAUGGAAUCAAAGGAGUUGUAUUUGAAGAUCGUCAAGCUUGUUGAAACAAUAUGCUCACUGGCAAUCUAUCACUUCCUGGUGUUUACGUUCAUUGGGCCGAAUAGAAUUCCAAUUUAUUUGGCAAAGGAUACGAUUUUCACGGCAAUCUCUCUGGUCAAACAGGUGAAGGAGAUGAUGAUCCAUUUGAAAACGGCAAAGGAGCUGGAUUCCAAACUGUUGGAUGCAACGGAGGAUGAGUUGAAUGAGGAUAACAACCUUUGUAUCAUUUGUCGUGACGAUAUGACUACAGUUGGUGUUACAAAGGGUGAAAGACUGUACCCGAAGAAAUUGCCAUGUAACCAUAUAAUCCAUCUGGGAUGUUUGAAGGGCUGGUUGGAGAUUUCCCAGGUAUGUCCUCUCUGUCGUGGUCCGGUAUUUGUAGACCCACCUGUGACAGCUGACAAUCAACAACAACAGCAACAAGAGCCCGUUCCACAGCCUGGGCAGCAGCAAGAACAACAAGCUCACCAUGAACCGGAGAGACCACAGCCUGAACAACGUGAAACACCACCAAUGGAAACUGGAGUUCCAGGACCUCCAAAUAUUAAUAUAUUAGACCGUCUGCCUCACGGAGGCCAUUUCUUCCACGGUCAAACUGAAACCCCCACUCCUACUCAAACGCAAUCACAUGGAUUACCAAUAGUUCACAAUGAAGCCAACACAGUUGAAAUUCCAAUAAAUGGUCUGAAUCCACCAGGUUGGACAUUGUUCAAUGUCAGACCUGAAACAUAUGGCUACAGGGUACUUCUAAAUCCAACCCAAGAAGUACAGAUGAAGAAGAUCUUGGAAAUUCCUAGAGACGUAUUUGAACAGAUUGAUGUUGGCGAAGGUUCAAGUACUUUAAGACAAAGGUCUAGAGGCAAACAAGCAGAAUCAGAUGAAACAUCUGAUUAUCUUGAUUAAUAGCCUACGAAUUUUAUGAAAGGAAACAAAUAUAGUAAAUGACUCCCGCUUGUAAUGAAGCCACGUAUUAAUCACUAUCGUCC